UCGUGGAUCACCAAAGAGACGGACGUCGGCGAAAUAAUGACGAGUUCGUUUCCGUUGCAUGAGUGCGUCUUUAACGGUGACACCCGUAAGCUGUCGCUGCUGCUCCGGACGCAUGAAAUCGCCGAGAAGGAUAAACAUGGCAACACACCGCUUCAUCUGGCGGUUAUGCUGGGAAAGAAAGAAUGUACCUUCCUACUUCUUGCACACGGCGCUCCAGUAAAAGUAAAAAAUUUGCAAGGAUGGUCUCCUCUAGCAGAAGCGAUCUCCUACGGAGAUCGACAAAUAAUCAGCUCGCUGCUGCGAAAGCUGAAGCAACAGGCCCGCGAACAGAUGGAGCAGCGCCGGCCAAACCUGGUGAAGGCCCUUAAACAGAUGGGUGACUUUUACAUGGAGCUUAAGUGGGACUUCCACUCGUGGGUGCCGCUUAUCUCGCGCAUCCUGCCCUCGGACGUAUGCAAGAUCCACAAAUCCGGCUGUUCGAUUCGGCUUGAUACGACCCUAGUCGAUUUCUCGGACAUGCGGUGGGAGCGGGGCGACAUUUCGUUCAUAUUUAAGGGCGAAAACUCUCCCAAGGAUUCGCUGACGGCGUUGGACAACGAGUGCCGCUGCUACCAGCACGUCCGGCACGAGGAGACGGAGAUGGAAAUCGAGGACGAGGUCGACAUCCUGAUGUCGAGCGACAUCCUAGCAGCGCAGAUGUCCACCAAGGGUAUUAGUUUUACGAAAGCACAAUCCGGGUGGAUUUUCCGCGAGGACCGCCGAGAGACAGUGGCCGGCCAGUACGACAGUGAUCUCUACACGAUAAACGGGCUGACGUUGGAGCAGCGCAAGCGCCGCGAGCACCUGUCUCGGGACGAUCUGCAAAAAAACAAAGCUCUUAUGGAGUCGCUCACGAAGGGCGGCCAGGGCCAGCAGGGCGGCAAUGACCAGAAUGGGGAGAUUUUCCGGAGGGAAUCGCUGCAACCACCGCCGAGCAGUCCCAUCACCUGGGAGGAGUACAUUUCUGCGGAGUCGGGUCAGUACCCGAAUCUCGGGCGGGAGCUAGUGUAUAAGGAAUCGAGUAAAAACUUCAAAGCUACUGUGGCUAUGAGUAAAGACUUUCCACUGAGCGUCGAGAUGCUGUUAAACGUGCUGGAGGUAAUCGCACCGUUCAAACAUUUCAGCAAGCUGCGGGAGUUUGUGACGUUAAAGCUGCCCGGCGGCUUCCCGGUGAAGAUCGACAUCCCCAUCCUGCCGACGGUUUCGGCCAAAAUCACCUUCCAAAAGUUUGAAUUCCGGGACAACAUCUCGCCCGACCUGUUCGUCAUUCCGGAAGACUACAAAGAGGACUCGAUGAGAUUUCCUGAUUUAUGACCUUUCGAUAUCGACCGAGUAAGUUCACGGUCGCUGGUUGCUGCCAGCUGGCCAGAACUUAUCAUGCCGCAACUGUCGUCGCCAACGUCAGCACCAGCAACCACCCGUGCCGACGGUUACCUGAGACGCUUGUCGUCAACUUCUUUGCUGCUGUCGAGCCUGCCGGAUGUAGUGAAACGUUGGGCCAGAUGGAUUUCGAUGCUGGUUUUCCUCCUCCCUGCUGGACCGCCGAUUUCUCUGGUGCAUGCUUUUCUUUUUUCUUCGAACACCUCUUGUCUCCCCCGGACGCAGGUGGUAUCAGGAUUAGUGUCUGGCAAAAGGGCAUCCGGUACCGUUUAGUGGUUGUGGAGUGACCGCGCUAUGCGCGCGGCGCAAAGGUAUUAAAACAAAAUUUUAGUGUAGUAUUUUAUUCCCGUACCACCCCUACGCUGUGUUUGAGGGGUUAGUUCCUGUCGCAGGGGAUUCCGCGCGCCAUUCAAACGCGUCGGAGUUAGCUGAUUGUCUUCAUUCUCCUCCCGAAACGCUCUGUAUCUGCAGCGCUGUUUGGAUCUCCUUUUAACUGUACAGAGAGGAAGAGGAUACGUAACGCGCUACACAAUUUCCAGGAUGUGUGGUACUCGCAGGGUAGUUUUAUGACAGUUGUUUAUUGUUUUAUUUUUAUCUAACUUAUUCUCACUGACCAAUAUCUACAAUAGGGACAACCCGAUCAAUGAGACAAAAGCAAUCAAUAAAUGUAUUUCGAUGAAAUCUGGACAGGUCUGAACGUACAUACUGAUACACAUUUGGACAGGUUUUCUUGUAUACCGCAAAAUAUCGUUUAAACGGGAAACAAGAAGUAAAACAACAUUCAUAGAAAUAACAGACGAAUGCAAACUCUUGAUCCAAGUCGAUAGACACGAAUUUGUCGUAGAUUUGAGGUGUACACAUCAGGCUAAUACAGCCGAAGCUAUACACGAUGAAUUUGGCAACACGCAAACAUAAAACCUGUGAGGACAGAAAAACACUUUACACACAGUGAGCUAGAAGAAAAUUAUCCAUUAUACCGACGUCUAGGAAAGAUAGCGUGAGAUAUGUAGCAGAUAGUCGGUACGUAGUCACAAAUCCCAUCCCAGAUGUCUAUUACUAUACAACUUCACCGUAGUACUCGAUAUCAAAAUCGGUGGGCUAGUUGGUGUGAAUAUCCUUAUGCCGCCCGGAAGCAGCAGGGCGUGCUUGAACGCCUGGAAUUUUGCAGUCUGCUCUGUGUUCAUUGUUUGUGGCCUAUCUGGCAUGGAUCAGGCGAAAGCUAGCGCAGAAAAUAGUGUAACCCAAUUGUCACCAUCGUGGGUUGUUGAAGAGUGAAAUUAGAAUGUGUGUGUUUGCGCGGAAGGACAUUUCAGCAAGGCGUAGUAUGAACCAUAAGGGUAUCGAGGUGAGCCAACCUUGCUACCAAACGGAUAUACAUACGUUUCUAAACCAAAAUCGGCAAUUUGUAAGAUGUUUCUUAUGUGGAUAAGCAUAGCAUGAGAUCGAA